GGUCCCCCGCAUCCCGCGGGCCCGGGCAGGAUGCACGCCGCCCUGGCGGGGCCGCUGCUUGCCGCCCUCCUCGCCACCGCCCGCGCCCGCCCGCAACCCCCUGACGGAGGACAGUGCCGGCCGCCCGGAUCGCAGAGGGACCUGAACUCCUUCCUGUGGACUAUUCGGCGCCAUCCCCCAGCCUACUUGUUUGGCACCAUCCACGUUCCAUACACCCGAGUCUGGGACUUCAUCCCUGAUAAUUCCAAAGCAGCCUUCCAGGCCAGCACCCGUGUCUACUUUGAGCUGGAUCUGACAGAUCCCUAUACCAUCUCAGCCCUGGCCAGCUGCCAGCUGCUGCCCCAUGGGGAGAACUUGCAGGAUGUGCUGCCCAGAGAGCUCUACUGGCGCCUGAAGCGCCACCUGGACUACGUGAAGCUGAUGAUGCCCUCGUGGAUGACACCGGCACAGCGCGGCAAAGGAUUGUAUGCUGACUACCUGUUCAAUGCCAUCGCUGGCAACUGGGAGCGCAAGAGGCCAGUGUGGGUGAUGCUCAUGGUGAACUCACUCACGGAGACAGAUGUGCGCUCCCGAGGCGUGCCUGUGCUGGACCUCUACCUGGCCCAGCAGGCCGAGAAGAUGAGGAAGAGCACUGGGGCUGUGGAGCGGGUUGAGGAGCAAUGCCAUCCCCUCAAUGGUCUCAACUUCUCCCAGGUGCUGUUUGCCCUGAACCAGACUCUGCUGCAGCAUGAAAGUGUGCGGGCUGGGAGCCUGCAGGCACCCUACACCACAGAGGACCUCAUCAAACACUACAACUGUGGGGACCUCAAUGCAGUCAUCUUCAACCAUGACACAUCCCAGCUACCCAAUUUCAUCAACACCACCCUGCCGCCCCAUGAGCAGGUGACAGCCCAGGAGAUUGACAGCUACUUCCGCCAGGAGCUCAUCUACAAGAGGAAUGAGCGUAUGGGGAAGCGAGUCAUGGCGCUGCUGCGGGAGAAUCAGGACAAGAUCUGCUUCUUUGCCUUCGGAGCAGGUCACUUUCUGGGGAACAACACUGUCAUCGAUGUCCUAAGACAGGCAGGGCUGGAGGUGGACCACACACCUGCUGGGCAAGCCAUCCACAGUCCUGCUACUGGGAGCCCAGCUCCCUCUCCGGAGGGCACCUCUGCGGCCAGUCCAGCCCCAGCAACCCCAGCUGCUGCAGUCCCAGAAGCAACCUCAGCAACCCCCACCAGCCCUCCUGAGGAGGAAGAUCCAGUCCUGUCCCCACACCUCCUGCUCCCCGACAGCCUUAGCCAGCUGGAGGAGUUCGGGCGCCAGAAGUGGCGCAAGAGGCUGAACAAACACCAGCGGCCGAGGCAGUUCAACGACCUCUGGGUCCGCAUCGAGGACAGGAGCACCAUGCCUGCCUCCUCUGAGAGAGACAACAGUCUUUCCUCUCCUCCCCGUGGGUGUACAAACCUGCUUUGCCCCAGAACCCGGCUACCAGCACCACUGUCUCGCCGCCCCCGCUGCCCCUCCAGCCUACUCCCAGCUCCGGGACCACCAAGCCUUUUGUCAAGCCCGCACACCAACUCCGGCAGCAGGACAUUGCGGGGCCUACCAGCGACUCAGCGCCCACACGGGGCCUCCCCCCUGCCAUCGCUGCCACCAUCGUCGCCCCCUUCCUGCUACACACCCUUGGGCCAUCCUGACCUUGACCACCCCUGCAGAGAAGCCAGAGAAGCCACAGGAGUCUGUGACCAUGCCCGCCAUCUGACACCACCUCAGAUGGGUGCUGACACCUCAAGGCAGUUCACACAGGACAGGAACCUUAAAAACACCAGAACUUUAUUGCAUCCAAAUUACAUCUUCUUUUUUGUAGAAGGUCUUAAUUUCCCAUAGUGCUAUGGGGCUCUUUUGUAAAAUAUGUGUCCAUAUUAAAAGAGAAAAUGUA